AUGACGUCCUCCGCCCCGAACGUUUCCGCCGUUCAGGUUUGGGGGUGCGACAAAUGCACAUUCGAUAUCAUUAGGAAGCAAUGUGACACACUUAACGUUAGGUGGUGUGAUAGUGGAGAACGCGGGUCUGGACAUGAUAAAAUUAGGAUUUCCCUUUCUCAUGUGUUUGACGCUUCAUCUGACACCUUGGAUGUUGGGAAGCUUCCAUUUCACAUGUGCUUCAAUCAAGAGAUUGUCCUUGCAGUCGUGCCCAUAAAGCCUUAUCGAUGUACAAGUGCAUGCUCCUUGCAGUCGUGCGACACGCUGCCUAGUCUCUUGUUUCCGGAUUCAUCUCUCUGGUAUAUUAAGCUUUUACUCUCUCUCAACCUUCCUGUUGAUGCUGACUUUUUUCUUAAGAUGAGGGAAGCGCUCACUUUAUCACAAAAGUGCGAUCUUCGUAUAACAACUAGGAACAAUUCUAAGCUGCCAUUCGACAUUGACAUCGAGGAUCUAAGAACAAGGCUCCUCUUUCCUCCUACUACGAACGUGCAAACAUUCGAGUUUCAAACAGUUGAGGAUGAAUGCUUGUUGGACCGAUCCCCAUUUUUUGAUGCAUUAUUUAAGAUUUGCCAUCCCAAACACGUAUAUGCAAAGCGAGACAUGAUGGAUGAAUAUAAUAAUCACUUUUGCAGCCUGAGCGAGAUGACGACAGGAACCACAUUUUGGUCUCAUCAUCUGAAAGCGCCACAAAAAAUGGGAAAACCCUAA